CAACCAUCGCCGACUCUUCUGCUGCCAUUUCUCAUUCCCUGGUCUUUUCUAUUUUUCCCUGACCUUGAUGUUUCGGGCCUCUGUACGGUCGUUCUCAGACCCUUUGCGUGAACAUGUCUGCUCCUCCUGUUUAGCCCAGAGGUCCUCGGGGAACUCCCGAUUAUUCCAUCCAUUCUACAGCACGACUUCAACUCUCCACGGUCAGCAUGCUGGUGAGCCUGCUGCUGGACUUCCCCGUCCCAGGGAACCCUCUGUUGCUAUCCGACCAUCAAGUCAGAGAAAAUCUAUAAGGCAUGCAAGGGCUGACCAUCUCUCUACGGGUCGCACUUCCAGUCGUUCACGACCUUCAGCCUCUGGUGCUGGUGAGGACCAUGUCACUCGAUCAUCGAAUGUUCAUCCACCGCCGUACCAGACAGACGAGCACGAUGAAAAGUCGAGGCCGUGGUGGGACGGAACAAAGCCGUGGGACGUUGGUCACCGUGUUGAAGAUUCUUAUGAUGCGACUACAGAGAAAAUGGAGGCAGAGUUCGCCCCCAAAAAGAGGGACAAAUUAUUGAAGAGGAAGGCCAGAAUCAGAGCCAAGCUUACUCGGAAGCAGACUCUUGCCGAGUCCUACUUGGAGAAAUCGUCUGAAGCCAAAGAACCAGAAGCUAGAGCGCCCGAUGUUAUCCCAACGACAAUCAGCCGUCUACCUAUCAGGCGUGUGCCGUCUGGGCCUGCCUCCGAAUCAGCUGGAACACCCAAGAAAAAAUCAGGCGAGGAUUCAAUUCUUUCAGAACCAGGAGGAGCGAGGAUUUCUGGUAGCCUCACCUCAAAAGCGCUCAAACUUACCCCGUUGGAUGUUGAAAGAGCUCCAGUCCCAAAGCUCUCCUUUGGACUCGAGAGGGUUCUAUUCAACCCCGGAGUCUACCAUCUUCGCGACCCACGAUCUCGUGUUUUCAACUUUGAUCCGUAUUUAGGCUCUAUUAUGCCUGUAACCGAAUUUGACUUCACAGCCUUGAAAGAUUAUAUUACCUCGUCACGAGAUGAAACGCUACGCAGGAUAGCUGCUAAGGAAAAGAAGAAGUAUAUCGGUUCUUCAUCGAGCAUGACAUCUGUUCUCUCACAGUUCCACUACCUCCUGUCCGCGUGGAGACCGAUCGAUGCAUCAGUUCUGUCCCAGAGUUUCCCUGACUCGUCAAGGUCCUUCACGCGACUCAGCCGUGCCCCUGCUGCCAUCAUUCUUAAUUAUCAAAAUGGGAUCUAUGCCGUUGAUGCGGACAAAGAGUUUGAAUCGGCCAAUAUUCUUAUGAAUCUUGGCAAAUCGAUGGAGAAGCUACUCACGUUGCCCAAAGAGGAGUUCGAGCGCUAUAGAAGGUCCCAUGAGAACAAGAUCUCCGCAGAAGAGGAACGAGCGAUACCCGAAUCCUACCAUUACUCCACCUUUGGGGAUUUCAUCAUGCGAUCUCAGCUUGACGCCUAUGAUCCACGGCUUCCGGGAACCGGCAUGUUUGAUUUGAAGACACGAGCCGUCGUGUCCAUCCGGAUGGAUGCGCGGAAUUUCGAACACGGUCUGGGGUAUGAAAUCAGGAGUCGAUUCGGCGCAUUCGAGUCCUACGAACGAGAAUUCUUUGACAUGAUCCGGGCUGCAUUCCUCAAAUAUUCGUUACAAGUGCGUAUUGGCAGGAUGGAUGGUAUCUUUGUGGCAUUUCACAAUAUCCAGCGUAUUUUCGGGUUCCAAUAUAUCAGCUUGCCGGAAAUGGAUAAGGCUCUCCACGGCCAGAGCGACACAGCACUUGGUGAUAAGGAAUUCGAACUCAGUUUGGCGCUGUGGAACAAGGUUCUUAACAAGGUCACAGCAAAAUUUCCGAAGAGAUCUGUACGUCUCCACUUCGAAAGUCGCGAUACUUCGGUUCCAUUUAUGUACAUUUUCGCCGAGCCUGUGACCGAUGAGGAGAUACACGCUAUUCAAACGAAGAACAAGGCAGAUAUCGAGGCAUAUCAGCAGCGGAUUCUGAACCUGACUCCCCAAGGAGGCGAAUUAGAUCUGACCAGGAAACAGAUCACAUCUGACAAAUCAGAGUCUAGGACACAAGAUGUCUCGAAGGAAGGCAUUGCAGCGCCCAUUGGAGAACAGGCUGCCGCAGAAGAGACGGAGACAGAGGCGGAGCAGAAGGGGAAACAGAACUCGGAGUUGCUAGCAAUGACCCUAUUCAUCAAGAACAAGGUGAAUGGCGAGUUCGUCGAGAGGCCAACGCGUUUAGAAGGAAAAGAUGAGUGGGCCGUCGAGUAUGUGCUGAGGGAAGUGCCGUCUUCCCGCGCAGCGUCAUUAUACGAGGCAUGCCAGAAACGGCGUCGAGUCGCCUUGGAAGGGGUAGGAGAAGAUGAAGCGGAAGAAAAUGCAAACUAUUACAUCCGAAUGCUGCGCGAUAUCGCCAGACGUGGCCGGGAAUGGCGGGAACAGGAAGACGAACUGGACCGGAAACAGGGCAUAGUGGUACUGGAAGGAGCCAUCCAAGCUCCUCCGAGUCGAAAGUAAUGCUUUCGUCCCUGAAUUACCCUUUUCUUUCUCUUUCUUUGAAUCUGCCGUCCUUGGAGUAAGGAGCAUGAUGAUCAAAGACCCUGUAUUCUAUAUUUGUUGAUUUGCAUUACAUCAACUUGGCAUCUUGGUAUUUAUUUGGAUGCGAACCGGGACGCUCCUUGGCCUUUUUAUAUUGAUUACUUGUUUGAUGUAUAAAUAGAGUAAUAGACAUCAAUCCCAUAAUACGCAUACUCCCC